AUGAAUAUUAACGAUCUGGAAUACAAUCACAUCUGCGUCGAAGGCGUUAGAAGAUGUAUUAAGAAAGUCGUUAACAAACUUGUCGUUAGAGAUUGUGCCACUGAGAAUGAUAUCCAACAAUGUACCGAUUCUAAAACCUGUGAAACAUGUGACAGCAUUAACUGCAAUACUGGAGUAUUCCCCAAGGGUCGCAUCACUUGCUACCAAUGUACUGGUAGCAGCUGCGAAGAUAUUACCGCAAAUAAUAUAGUUGACAAAGUCUGUGCGAAUUACGAAGAAAAUGAUCAAUGCUAUAUGAAAGCGAAGAACGAAAACGACAUGACACGUGGUUGCAAGUCCGAUACUAGGGAUAAUGAAUGUUUAGACGCUGCUGAAGGUUGUGUCUUUUGCUCCAACAAUAACUGUAAUAAUUUAAAGUAUAUAUAUGAUCAAGUACUCAAGUGUCAUCAGUGCACCAGUGAUGUUCCUACUAAUAAAUGUUUUGAUAAACAAACUAGUAAAGUGUUUGAGAAAUGUAAGAGACAAAUUCGUUAUACUUUUCCCGAAUAUUGUUAUACCCAAAUCAAUGGUAAUACCAUUAAACGUGGUUGUCUUCAUGAUAAUUUGGACCUAACAGUUGACAUAUGCAAAGAUGCUGAUAGUGAUACCUGCACGAAAUGCAAUAAUGGCGAUGGUUGUAAUAAUAGGCAACAAAUAUUAGAUUAA